AUGUCGAAGGCAUUUGAUAAAGUAAGUCAUACUAAGCUUCUACAUCGACUACGCGAAUUUGGGUUUCGAGGAAACAUCCUGAACUGGUUUUCAUCGUAUCUCAGUAAUCGUCGUCAGCAAACAACGGUUCAUGGAGCAACAUCAAGACCGUUAGCCGUAACACCCGAAGUGCCGCAAG